AAUUUUUCAUUGACAGUUCUUUGUUAAAGAAGAAGAACGAAUUUUACAGUUUGAUUGGGAAAAAAUUGCUGCAAGUUUAUUUUUUGUGUGAAUUGUGCUGACUCAACUUGUUAAAAAAAUAAAAAAUCUGAAAAGAACGAAAUUUUGAGUGAUUGCUACCAAUAUUCUUUGCACAAUGGAUUUCGGCGAUGAUUUUGCCCCCAAAGAGGAAGUUGAUCCCGCAGCCGAGUUUCUGGCACGUGAACAAUCCGUUCUCGGUGACCUCGAAUCGGAAAUCGUACCUCCAUCAAAUACUGCUCCCAGUGCACCGGCCAGCACAGAUGGUGGCAAUGGACUACUUGGCAGCGAUGAACUUGCACCUAAUGCGGUUGGCGGCGGACUUGGUUCAUCUACCGGUAGCUUUGAAAUGAUUGGUGGUGAAUCAAAUGAACCAGUCGGUAUAUCGGGACCACCACCUUCUCGCGUUGAACCUGAGAAAAUAAGAAAAUGGCGAGAGGAACAAAAACAACGUCUCGAAGAAAAAGAUAGGGAAGAAGAACGUAAAAAAGAAGAGUUGCGUCUGCAGGCGAAGCAGGAAUUGGAAGAUUGGUUGCGUCAAACAGAAGAAUCUAUCGCUAAAACCAAAGCGGCCUCACGCAACGCUGAAAAGCAGGCAGCGGCGCUUGAAAAUGGUGGACCCAUGGAACCGGGAACCGAGUGGGAGCGCAUUGCAAAAUUAUGCGAUUUCAACCCAAAAGUGAACAAAUCAGGCAAGGAUAUCUCACGCAUGCGGUCUAUAUACCUACAUUUGAAACAGAAUCCCAUCCCACUGGGUAAGACGGCCUAAACUUCACAUAUGAGCUUGGAAAAAUAUAAACUAUGUAUUAAUACAUGCACACAAUCGUAUUCGUAUUAUUCCAAUAAUGUAUGUGUGCAUAUGUAUGUAUAUUCGUUCUGAAAUGAAUUUUUUGUUCGCAAAAUGAUUUAGUGAAUACGAUAA